AUGCGUCGUGCGUUGUUUUUGCGCAUCGUUAAUGCUGUCGCCUCCGAUCCAUACUUCCAACAACGCACGGAUGCACUUGGGAGGCCCGGCUUCACGCCAUUGCAAAAAUGCAUUGUCGCUGUUCGUAUGCUAGCUAACGGUGGGGCAGCGGACCAAUACGACGAGUAUCUCCGGAUUGCAGAGUCGAUAGCGUUGGAGUGCUUGCGGAGAUUCAGUCGUGCCAUUAUUCAACUCUUCGGCGCGGAGUACUUGAGGAGGCCGACUUCCGCUGACUGCCAACGGCUUCUAGCAAUGCACGAAGCGAAGCACGGCUUCCCGGGAAUGCUAGGGAGCCUUGAUUGCAUGCAUUGGGCGUGGAAGAAUUGUCCAACGACAUGGCAAGGCGCAUACACUUGUGGCGAUCAGGGGGAACCGACCAUCAUCCUCGAUAGGCCUGGGAAUCGAGUCUGGUUCGGGUACCCUACCCGAAAAAAUCGGGUACCCGAACCCGAAUAA